CGCGGGCCCUGCCUGUUGCGCACUUGGCGUCACACACCGACCGAGCAGCUGCGUGGAUGCGCGGAGCCGCUAAUGGACUUUCCCCACUCACUCCUACUGGCUUUACUGGUUUUAUGACUGGGAUCCUCGGGCCGGCGGCUGCUCUCAUCCAUUACUCCAGGACAUCCAUUACUCCGGGACUCGUUACAACGUGGCACCGUUACAUCCAGUGGCCGCGGGCACACACUCCAGACGUUCUACAUCAGGAAGCACAGGAGCCGUAAACGGAUCUGUCUCUGCCAGAGAUGCACACCAGUGCAAUGAAGACCUGAAGCCUGAGAAUCCAUGUGUGCCCCGCUGAACACACACUCUGACGAGUUACAGACACCGGUGUUGUAGCAGUGUGUGUGUCUGUGUGUGUGUGAGUGUUUGUGUGCGUGUGCCUAUGUGUGUGCAUGUAUAUGUGUGUGUGUGCGUGUAUGUGUGUGGCCGACCCUGUGUCUGUAUUUGUGCCGAAAAAUUCAGCUGAGGACGUAAACCAAAGAGUAUGAUCCAUCAGUCCACCUCAGUCUACCUGCUAGGAGGCCUUUUAGGCCUGUGUCUGCUUGAACCUGUUCUGACGGCCCUGACGCCAGCCAGCAUGUGCACGCCCUUAAAGACGCUCAACGACAGCCUCAGCCACAGGCGACGGUACAUGAAGCACAACUUCCCCAUCAACUACACCAUCAGGGUUCAUCAGAAGGAAAUCUUCAAACUGUCAAACAUCCGCAGAAUGAAGUUGCAGGUGGAGGGAUUGGAUGAGCUGGUUCUCCAGAGGCUGUGGUUCCAGGUCAACCAGGGAGUGUUAAAAAAGAUCAUCCGACAGAUGGCAGAGAGACAUCCUUCGCGGCCGUACACUGCUGAGCUGGAGCGUCGGUUCAAGGAUGCUGAGGGAGUCUUCGUGGAGUCGCAUCCCGCCGAGGUGUUCCAGAAAGAGCUUCCAGAGACAAUCCAGGACAUUUGGGAUUGUUUAACAGAGGAGCCUGAACGAGUGCCGGAGACCAGCUGGAAGUUCGCUUCUCCGAAAUCCCUCUUAGACAACUUCUGCCAAACCAUGUACUGCCUCUUCAGCGACUGCUUUGCCAGCAGCGGAGAGCAGCAGGACUACUGUGGCGUUUUACAUCGGAAGAAAGGCAGGAAGAAAGACGAAAGCUGAGAAGAGCCGAGUGGGGCGCAGGCCCUGUGGAUACUGACUCGGGAUUUGUAUCAUUAGCUGUCGGGUAGAGGGGUAAACGGACGACCCACAGCGAAACAAGACAUGAAUAAGUCUUUCUCAAUAUCUACCAAAGAGGGCCUAGAUUGUCUGGACGAUCCGAUGGAGACACUCCAUCAAUCAAAGCAGACUGAAACAAUAGGCACAUUAACAGCAUUCAUAUUAUUUUGUGAGCAUUUGGACUCUUUACUUUACAUAAAGUUCAUUUUGGAGUAAAAUCUCCAACUACUUCCAACUCUUUUGCCACUGAGGAAGCCCAAAGUGGUUUUAUCGCUUCAUAGCAUCUCAGACUGAUGCUGUAGUAUUUGAGAUUCCAGCUUUGGAAGAUAACUAUUCAUACGGACUUUACUGAUGUAUGAUCAAUAUAUUCGAUAUAUUCUCUCGUAAAGUGGAUUAUUCAAGAAGGGGAGUGCAGCACAAGCUCCCGAAUUCAGUGAUGGGUUAACUUCUGGACUGAGGACAUCAAUGUGGCUUUGCAAAAUCUCUACCAACCCCCAAAAAAGGCCUGUGAUGUGCUGCCCUGGGCCUGGAUGGUCCAACUCAGAGACCGGACCAGAGGCAACAAGAGAGACUACACAUUGGAUUGCUAUUGGAUUGAAAAACAACCGAGUUUGUACCCGAGACCGACUUCCCUUCUCUGUUUGCCCCAUCACAUCAUGUGUAUGUGAACUGAACUUCAAACCUUUAGGCAAACUGUUAACUACUGUUUUCUCUUCCUUCUUCAAUUGUUGACAAUGCAUUUCUUAACCUACAGCCUACAUUUAAAGUGAUAUUCUACCAGUGUGCCAUAGACCCAAACUGCAUAAUCAAAAACUGUCAAAAACGUAUUUAUUUCUAUUUGUUUAUCGUGUGUGAGUGAGAGCUGAACCCAGAAAAACUACAACAAACGAUCACCUUCCUCCAUCCGAGCCGUGCAUCUUCAUAUCUACUGUAGAAUAUAAAUCCUGCUACUAGAUUAGAUUUUUUUCUUAGAUGCAAACAGAUUCUAGAGAGUUUGUCGUGAUAAGAGCCGCCGCCGGUGUCUAUGCCUUGUUAAAAAAAUAUCCUGUGAUCUCAGCAGCGGAGUUAGUAAGCCUAAAUAAUGCGGAGGAUUAGUUGCUGUUGUGAAUGCAGAGAACCUCAUGUGUUGUGCAGGUGUGAGAGGAAAACUCAGGGUAAGCUCUGGACCCAGUUCUCCAGACUUUACCCGCAGGUAAAAACGGGUUUUGUUUCACUCAUAUUCAUCAGGGUGUUGACCCAAACCAGUCAAGAGACCCAUGACCUAAUGCACAGAAAAUGAUGGUCGAGCACCUGUUUAGUCAAGGUUGAGUUAGCGAAACAAAUGUGAUAUGGUUAUUCUCAUUCUUACAAAACAUCAGAUCCCCGAAAGAGGAAGUUAGGAAAUUUACUCAGCUUUUCUCAGUCAUUGUUGUCAAGAGCUGAGGACGUUCACUGCUGAGUGGAUCAACAGAUCACCUGAAGGCCCUCUGCAACUGUCGAGGUUGGAAUGCAGCCUUGAUCUUGUCUCGUUACUUGACUUUUGUUUUACAUUCCUCUCAUGGAUUUUACAUUCCUCGCGUGAUUAUCGAUGAUGAUGAAGGUGGAGGAAUAAUCCGAUUAUGGUAGACGGUUCCCGGUCGGCACAUACAGAGCAAAUUUGUCUGGGUGGUGUGGUGUACAGGAAGGAUUUAGUAAUUAUAGAGGACACUGUCUGCCUUUUGAAAAGUGUGUAGGAAUACAAUUUUGCUCCAAACAAAUUCAACAUUGCAAUGUUUCACUAAUCUUCAGGUAUACAUUUGAGUUGCCCCCAAGACUGCAGUAGGAAUUCACUUGUUUUUGUGAAAGUUACAGUUUCAGUUCAUGCGCUCACUCCUCAUGUCACAUAUGAUCUACGUACAAGCUUUGCAAGUCCAAUCGUGUCACUCUUAAGACGGGAGAGUCAUGAUGUUAAAUUAUUACCAUAUAUAUAUAUAUAUAUACAGCAUUGGGCUAAGCAGCUUCCAUGCGUUUCAGGAGGCAAAACAAAAGAAGCCCUGUUAUGAUGUAGAAGAUAAAAGAUAAAUAUUGGUGUAUUUCUUUAAGUGCAGUAAAUGUAUUUUUAUUAUACUUUAUCGAUCAUAUGUAACCGUAUGGUUGUCUUUUCGUAACCAUAAGAUCAUUUUAAGGUGUAUUCAAAGAUCCUUCAUUACAAAGAUGAAGUGAUAUUUACUACCUGACUGACUGGCAACAACAGAAAGAUGAUAAACUACAAACACAAUGAUGGUUGUUGUCUGUGGUCUGAAGAUAUGUUUAAGAAACAGAUGUUUUUAUACACAAGAUAUUGAAUUAUUUAUUUUUUGGAAAUGUAUAAUGUUACGUGACAAUUCUUUUAUGAAAGAAAAUUAAAAAACACAUUUUUUAUCAACUAA